AUGGAUGCUGAAGAUCUGAGCUCAGUGCCAGGGUAUGAGGGUCAUAUAGAGUACCUUGGGGAUAUGAAGAGUGACUGUACCCUGAGAAUCACAGACCUGAGAUUGAGUGACUCUGCUGUGUACAGGUUCAGAUUCAUAAUAUCUGGGGGAAGGUUUUCUGGCUCACCUGUCUCCCUGACUGUCACAGAUGUUGUGUUGGUGAUGGAUCCUACAUCUGUGUCAGAGAGGGAGAAUGUCACACUGACAUGUAGAACCAAAUGUACACUGGACCCCAUCACAGCCUACAGUUGGUAUAAGAAUGGACAGCCUAUACCAAACAGCAACACCUCCUCUCCUGUCUAUAUCCUAUUCUCAGUCAGCAGUGAGGACACAGGCAGAUACUCCUGUGCUGUAGAAGGCCAUGAGGAUCUCCCCUCUGCUGAAGAGACUGUCACUGUCACAUGGAAACAAAUCUCAGUUAUGACUGUAGCUGUAAGAAUCAUAGUGGUUGUUCUGGGUGUCAUACUGGCUUCAUGUCUCUCUGGCUUCAUGUGGUUCAGGAAGAAAGUCUCCAAAUCCAUCUCUGACACAAGACACACAGCAGACAACGGACAGGGAGACUCUCGUCCAGUGUAUGACAACAUCUCAGGCAUGGCCAUGACCUCUACUGCAGCACAGACAGUGGCCACCGUCGACAUUCACUACGCCAACAUCCACGUCUCUCUCACUCCAAAAACAAGGAAGUGCCUCUGUACUCCACCGUCCAACUGCCUCAACACCAGAAACAGGAGGUCCAUGGUACUGAGUCAGAAUGGCUGGAGUGUUACAUACACCACUCAGAGAAUCUGUGCCUUGAAGGGGUCAUCAGUGGAGAUAUCCUGCUCUUACACAUAUCCCAGUGGUACAGUCACAACAACCUUCUGGUUCACUAAAAAGUAUGCUGUGGAGAAUUAUGUGAGUCUGAGAGUUGACUCAGACUACAAUGGUCGUGUGACGUACCGUAGUGAUAAGACGAAUGGACACACCCUGAGAAUCACAGACCUGAGAGAGAGGGACUCAGCUGAGUACCAGGUCAGAUUUAUAACAGAUGAGCCAGGAGGGAGAUAUUCUGGCUAUCCUGGAGUCACUCUGUCUGUUACAGACCUGCAGGUGAAGGUGACCACUACAUGGUGGUCAACGACACUGACCUGUAGCACCACCUGUACUCUGACUGGUAACCCCACCUACAUCUGGUACAGGAACAGUAAGAUUGUACAAGAGGACUCCUCCCCCUCAUACUCAGUCUACUUUAAUACUGAAGACAGCUUCUACUGUGCUGUAAAAGGCAUCAAUACUCCUGCAGUGUCUGUUGAGGGUCACAGUUAUUUCCACGUGACUUACACCCAUCAGAGUGUCUGUACCUUGAAGGGGUCAUCAGUGGACAUAUCCUGCUCUUAUACAUUUCCCAGUGGUCAUACAGUCUCUGAAACAAAAUGGUACACAAAAGGAAAACUUGAUGAGGCGCCUCAAAUCCUGAACCCGGGGUAUGAAGGUCGUGUGGAGUACCUUGGAAAUAUGCAGAGUGACUCCACCCUGAGAAUCACAGACCUGAGAGAGGAGGAUUCAGCUGAGUAUAAGUUUAGAUUCAGAACAGAUCAGACAAMCUGGGAGCCCACCUYCCCUGGAACAACUCUGACUGUCACAGKUCUGCAGGUGAAGGKGACUCCUGYCACUGUGUCAGAGGGACAGAAKGUGACACUGACCUGUAGCACCACCUGUACUCUGACUGACAACCCCAACCCCACCUACAUCUGGUACAAGAAUGGACAUGUAACCAACCAAUCUAACAGUCUGUUCCUAAACCCAGUCAGCAGUGAGGAUGCAGGCAGAUACUCCUGUGCUGUAGAAGGCCAUGAGGAUCUCCCCUCUGCUGAAGAGUCUCUCACUGUCACAUGUGAGUCUGUCUCUAUGUAUGAACAAUGUGUUACAUAUUGUCCACCAGAUGGCCCAAAGAACACCUCAGUGUCAGUCAGUCCCUCUGGUGAAAUAGUGGAGGGCAGUUCAGUGACUCUGACCUGCAGCAGUGAUGCCAACCCACCUGUGGACAAAUACACCUGGUACAAGAAGAAGGCCAUUUACCUCACUAUCAUCAACAUAUGUAUUACAGGGAAACAAACCUCACAAGUCCUUGACUGCUCUCAGCUUCUGUAG